AUGCCGAUCAGUGAUCUCCUCGCUGAGAUAUCCGGCGGGCAGUCGUCGGCUGCGCCAUCCGCCAAACCCACCACAUCAUCAGCCCGCAAGCGAAAGGCAGAAGAUGAUUCGAGUACCGCUACAUCGACGAAGCUUACCAAGGCACGGCAGUCUGAUGGCUCCUACGCGUCAAGUAAGAUCACCCGUAACGAGCAAGGUGAUGUGACUGAGCGGUCAUACUCAAUGUCUCGACCAGUAAAAACUGCAGCCUCAACAAAUUCCAUCCCGGCGAAGUCACUAGGUCUCCCUCACCGCACGAACUCACCAUCGAUAAACGGUCGAUACGAAUCUCCCACGACGAGCAGUCAACGACUUCCGCCCUCUUCAAAUGGCAAGCCGCUGGUUGGAUCGUCCAGCGGAUCUCGGGGAAAGCCAUCCACAGAUUCUGCUACCCAUCCGAAACUGAAUUCGACUACCAUGGCUACCUCAAGAGUGCCACCCGCGAAGCCAUCUCCCACGACGCCAAUCCCUUCGGAUCCAUCGCGGCCUCCCAAGAAAGGAUCAUUCGCGGAAAUCAUGGCACGUGGCGCAAAGGCUCAGCAAACCAUGGGUAAAGUCGGUAUGAUUCAGCACAAGGCGAUCGAUAAGAAGAAAGAGCGAGAAGUCGUCAGGGCAGAGCAGAAGCCCGGUAUCAAAGGAAAGCCAGGAGCACCAGGAACACCAGGAAGGCCAUACGUUGGGAAUGCCGGGCGUCCCGGAGCGCGUGAACCACUUCGCAACGGCUCGACGAAGGAUCUGAAAGCGGGUGGAAAGCAGAUAUCAACCACGGCGGCUGAGGACGUCCAGGAGAAGAAGAUCAAGAAAUCUGCCGUGGCCACAACGGGGUACACCGGAACUGCACGGCCUCGUCCCGGGGCUGCGAAGAGCAAGGCGUCCACCUCUCGUGAGAGCCAGCGUGCGAGGCCUUCUCAACCUGGCGGAAUCCUUGCACCGCCUCGGCCAAGCCGACGGGAUCGUUAUGAGGAGGAGGAGGACGAAGAACUUGAUGAUUUCAUCGAAUACGACGACGAAGACGAACCAGGCCCCCGCGGAAAUGGUUAUGGCUAUGACUCUGAUGCUUCCAGUGACAUGGAAGCUGGACUGUCCGAUAUCGAUGUGGAGGAACAAAGAGCCGCAGCUGCGGCGCGGGAAGAAGAUCGACGAGAACAGCUCCUAGAGGCAAAACUCAAGCGAGAGAAGGAAGAGCGCAAGCGACGGUUCGCACAGAGUGGACGAUGA